AUGUCAGCCAAGACUCAGUACCCUCGCCCUGAUUUUACCCGUCCCAAUCUCAACUGGAAGUCGUUGAACGGCAAGUCUUGGUCACUGCUGUUUGACGAUCAGGACAUUGGUCUCAGUGAGGGAUGGCACAUUAACGGGCCUCCGGAGAGGGUCACGCUCACGGGCGCUGCUAGCGGCGGGUCCACUGCGGCCGAGGACGCACAGCGGCUGGAGGCAUUUCCGGAGCUCAAGGAGAAGUACUGGGCGAACACGGGUGCGACGGAAAAUGUCAAGAAGCCCAUCAAUGUCCCCUUUGCUUUCCAGUGUCCCGCAUCGGGAUGGGGCGACAACGCCGCCCACGAAGUGCUCUGGUACGAGACUUUGUUAUCAGACCCACGGAGCCCGACCGAAGCCGCUGGCGGCAGUCAUAGGGUCCUGGUCCGCUUCGGCGCCGUGGACUAUGACGCCCGCGUCUGGGUCAACGGCCACGAUGUUGGCGGUCACCUCGGCGGCUAUGGGCCGUUUGAUGUAGACGUCACGGAUGCUCUGCGCAGCGGCGAGUCCAACAAGCUGGUGCUGCGCGUCAGAGAUAGCCCUAGUGACCUGGAGCAGCUUCGAGGCAAGCAGUAUUGGGCCCCGACGCCAGAAAGCAUCUUCUACACGCCCACCUCUGGCAUUUGGCAGAAUGUAUGGAUCGAAGCCGUGCCGAGGACAAGACUUGGCGCAGGCAGCGAGGGCACCGUGUUGAGGAGCGACGAUAUUGAAAGCGGUGUCCUCAAGGCAAGCAUUGCUGUGCUGGGCCGCCGAGCUGCUGGCAAGUACACCAUUGAGCUCGAAGGCAGCAUCGGCGGCGUGAGCGUUGGAAGCGUCAAAGGAGAACUGCCCAAAGACAAGGACUACAUCAAGCUCAACCUCGGGCUGAAACUCUCGGCAGACAAGCUCAAGGCUGUGUCGGCAGAUGUGACUGGUGCUGCUCCUCUCGAUAAUGCCCGCGCUUGGAAGGACGGCCUCGCUCUAUGGUCUCCUGAUUAUCCCUCGCUCUACGACUUGAAGCUCCGACUUUAUGACUCUGCUGGAAAGAUCCUAGAUGAGGUGGAAACCUAUACUGGCAUGCGUAACAUCAACUGGAAGACUGGAGACGGUACCCUAAGACUUAAUGGAUACCCUCUAUUCCAGAUUUUGAACUUGGACCAAGGCUACUGGCCUGAGACUGGACUGACACCUCCAUCGGGAGAAAGCCUGAAGCUGGAUGUCGAGCUGGCCAAGAAAAUGGGCUUCAACGGUUGCCGCAAGCACCAAAAGGUGGAGGACCCCAUCUUCCUAUACUGGGCAGACAAGCUGGGCUACUUGGUUUGGGGCGAAAUCGCCAACGCCUACGAGUUCAGCGCCGAAUACAUCAAGCGCUUCGACCAGGAGUGGACUGAGGCGGUGCGACGAGACAUUAACCACCCCAGCAUUAUCACCUGGACGCCGGUCAAUGAGAGCUGGGCGUAUCCGAACCUGCGGGACGAUGUGGACCAGCGCAACCACAUCAAGUCGUUGUACUGGCUAACCAAGUCGCUCGACCCUACGCGACCCAUCAAUGACAACUGUGGUUGGGAGCACGUGCAGACGGAUCUGUCCACAUACCACGACUACCAUGAUGCACCGGAUCUGGCCAAGCGGUGUCUCACGGCCGAGACGAGGUUCAACGAGGAGCUACAUGGAGGAAGACACAUGUUUGUACAGCCCAUUACUGGCGAUGGUGGAACGGCGCAUCAAGAGGGCGCUCCCAUCAUCUGCAGUGAGUUUGGAGGUGUCAAUAUCGCUCCACGAUCCGACUCUGAGAAGGGCGAGCGUGACUGGGGCUAUACCACGGCGAGCGACCCGGCCGACUUGCUCAAGAGGAUCGAGGCCUUGUGUACGGCGGUUGUCCAAGGAGGUUUCACAUCCGGUUUUGUUUGGACUCAAUUAACCGAUAUCGAGCAAGAAGUCAAUGGACUGUAUGCCUUUGACCGGACAGAAAAGAUUAGCCCGGCAGAGGUCAAGAAGGUAUUCAACAAGGCUGCGCAGGUUUACUAUGAUGCUGUAGCCAAAGCGUAA